GAGCGAUAAGCGGAGUUAUCCUAUGUCCGCGGAUAUGCUGCAAAGUGAAGAAGUCGAUAGAAACUCAAACUUCUAGAACAGCAAUAUGUCGGACCAAAAAGAUCCAGUACUCGAGAAGAUCGAGAACACAAAAGCCAUUUACAGACGCUUGGGCAAGAGCGGGCUACGAGUGUCUGUACCCAUUUUGGGUGCUAUGUCAUUUGGUGACGCAGCAUGGCAACCGUGGAUUCUGGAUGAAGAAGCAUCACUGCCACUUCUCAAAGCUGCUUACGACAAGGGCAUCAACACCUGGGACACGGCCAACAUCUACAGCAAUGGCGUCAGUGAGACGAUUAUCGGCAAAGCUAUCAAGAAGUACAAUAUUCCACGCGAAAAGAUUGUCAUCUUGAGCAAAUGCUUUGCCUAUGUUGGCGAGGAGCCUGGAAUCAAGACUAUGACCUAUGGCCAGAAAAUAGGCGACUCGCCCGACUACGUCAAUCAAGGAGGACUUUCGCGAAAUGCCAUCUUCAACGCUGUUAACAAGUCACUCAAGCGCCUGGACCUGGAGUAUCUCGACCUGCUGCAGAUCCAUCGCUUCGACCCAAACACGCCGAUUGAGGAGACAAUGGAAGCUCUCAAUGAUCUCGUCAAGUCUGGCAAGGUCAGGUACAUUGGAGCAUCUUCCAUGUGGACGUAUCAGUUCUGUAUGAUGCAAGCAUGCGCCGACAAGAAUGGUUGGACAAAGUUCAUCAGUAUGCAAAACCAGUACAGUCUCCUAUAUCGUGAGGAAGAACGCGAAAUGAACAAGUAUUGCGACGCGACCGGUGUCGGACUCAUUCCCUGGGCUCCUCUCUGUCGUGGACAUCUCGCUCGUCCUGCAUCCGCAGCUGGAAGCACGACUAGAUCCUCCAAAGAGGCUAGCGGCCUGGCCGGAACCUCAGAAGUCGACGUGAAGACCAUUGGUCGAGUGCAAGAGCUCGCCGAGAAGAAAGAUUGGAAGAUGGCUCAUGUUUCGCUUGCAUGGAUUAAUAAGCGAGUGUCCAGUCCAAUCAUUGGAUUCUCGAGCGAGGAGCGCAUGGAUGAGGCAUUGGGUGCAAAUGGCAAGACUCUGACCGAGGACGAAGAGAAGUAUCUUGAGGAGCUAUACCAACCUAGAAAUAUCGUUGGACAUAGUUGAGCACUUGGACAGGAUAAAUUCAAACAUGACUCGCAACAAACAGAGAGUGCAAUCAGAGUCACGGUGUAGACUGACACCUCAACAUCAGAAGGAU